AUGCACCACAGUAGGUCUCUGCUGUUUUCUAAAACAACUUUUGUUUCGUUUCAACAGUUAAUUUUUGGGCAGCGUGGAGUAUGUUGCAUUCCACACCCCCAAAAGGCCUACCGUGGGGGUGAGGACGCUUUUUUUUCACAUCCCUAUGGUAUUAGCGUUGCAGACGGUGUGGGUGGAUACUCCGAACAGGGGGUUGACCCAGCCGUGUAUACUCGAAAUGUCAUGUCUUUUUCCUUAGAGAAGGUGAAGGCAAACGUAUGUGAGUCCGGUACUGCUUCUGCUCUGGAUGUUCUAAAUUACGGCUGGAAAAUGGCAAAUACAGCUGCGCAGCCAGGUGGCUGCCCGGUGACUAUGGCAACCAUUGUGGAGCAUACUUUUGCUUCUAUUCUGAACCUUGGUGACUGCGGUAUUAUUGUUUUAAGAAAGAAGAAGUUAUUGUAUCAAACCACCACACAACAGCAUUCGUUCAACUGCCCAUACCAGCUUCCCCACGACCCUCCGGACCUCGGGGAGGAAGCCAAGAUUCAACUUAGGGAGGGUGAUGUAUUCCUUUGUAUGAGUGACGGUGUGCUUGAUAAUAUCGAGGUUGAUGAUCUAAUCAAGCACUUAGAUAAUGUUGAGCAAAGUGGAUGCAAGCAAGUGGCGGAGGCAAUAGGCAAGCACGCAUCGCUUAAUGGACAUAAUCGUGAGUUCCUUUCCCCAUUUGCUAGGCAUGCUAGUCAAUUGGGGUAUCGAUAUAUGGGCGGGAAACUAGAUGAUAUCACAGCGCUGGUGGCGCGUGUGACUCCAGCCACAUCAAGUGGACUGAUAAAGGAGAACUCUCGUUGUGCGGAACUAAUUGAGGAGCUUCUUCCGUUAUCUGGAUCUUCCAGUUGA